AACGAAGGUAUAAAUGAGUCUUCUCUGUUGAUUAAUCACAGUCAUAUUCUUGUACAACAGUUGAGACGCUCUGUUAUUCAAGAUGAUCAAGUCUUUGGGAUUAUUGAUAAAUAUUAUUUUCCUGACAUCUUUUGUCUUGGCUGAAGUUCCAUCAUACUUGCAUGUAUGUGGUCGAAGAGAUCCAGACUUGGACAAUUGUAUCUUGAAGAGUGUUGAUGCUGUACGUGCUAAGUUACUUGAAGGAAUACCAGAACUUGAUGUACCUCCCUUAGAACCUCUUUUAUUACCUGAAGGACUACCUCUUGCCAAUGCUGUAGAUCUCAAAGCUUCAGCUAAAAAUGUUAAACUUUGGAAUGCAACAACGUUUUCGGCAUCAGAUUUUCAUGCAGAUCUUGAAAAGAAACAAUUUUCUUAUAAACUUCAUUUCGAUUCAUUGAAGGUAGAAGGUGAUUAUGAAAUUGAUGCCAAAGUUCUUAUCCCAAUUCAUGGAGUUGGAUUCAUUGACAUUGAUACAUCUGAUAUCAAUGCAGAUAUUUUUCUUGGAUAUAAACUAAUAAAUACUAAAAAAGGACAACAAUUGUAUUUCACAACCAUGUCUUGCAAAAUAAAAAUCGGUGACUACAAAUGUGAAUUUAGAGCUGUUGAUACACCAAGUGCAACUCUUUCAGAUGCCAUCAACUCUGUCAUCAAUUCGAAUCGUCAAGAAAUUUUAGAAUCUAUUAUUCCGGUACUUGAGAAAGCAAUCUCAAGAAAAGUAUUAGAAAUUGCUAAUAGUAUUUGUAAAAACUUUACUUACGAUGAACUGUUUCCAGAUCGUGAAUAAAUUGUUUUGUAUCUACCCUAGUAUAAAUUCAAGAUAAUUGCAUCUUUUUUUUUUUAUUUUUUUUUCCUAGGGUAUCAGAACUUCUAUUGAAUGUUGAAAAUCUAAUUGUUAAUUCAAUGUUGAAUUUUUUUUAAUUUAUACAAAAAAUGUUGAAAUAUUGAUUGUUAAUAAAAAAAAUUUGUUGUAUCUUA